CUUAAAACUUCAAAUAUCAUCAUCUUCAUUACCAACCUAACAAUAGUUAAGUUGAUUCAUUUUCAUUUUCAUAUAUUCUAGUUUUGUGUUGUGAUAUUCAUAAAACUCAGUAAUUCUUUAGGGAUCAUAUACAUUCUUUGCAGGCAAACGAGCAUAUGGAUAGGCCAAGAAUUUUCAUAUGUUAAUCGCUUGUUUUACUGACUAUAGCUGUGAUAAAUUACAGCAAAAGCUCUUUCUCAAUCUAUUCACACACAUUUUACUAUACAUAUCCAAUUUCUUCUCCUUAUUAACAGAUCUUGGCUUUCUAUUAAUUAAAAUCCAUAGCCUUUCUUUACAGAAAGAUUUAGACUACUCGUAUAGGUCGUCUUCUUGGGUUUAUUCUGUCUUUGACAUAGAUUUCGAACGAGGACGAGCACAAUCAGAAGCCAUGGAGAAGCAACCGAUCAUUUUGCUGGACAAGUACGAGCUCGGACAGCUUCUUGGCCAAGGGACGUUCGCAAAGGUCUACCAUGGAAGAAACAUAAAAACAGGCCAAUCUGUUGCAAUCAAGAUGAUACACAAAGAGAAGGUUAUGAGGAUAGGAAUGAUGGACCAAAUCAAACGGGAGAUAUCUGUAAUGAAACGUAUUAAACAUCCUAAUGUCGUCGAGCUUUACGAAGUCAUGGCCAGCAAAACAAAGAUAUAUUUCGUCAUGGAAUAUAUCAAAGGUGGAGAACUUUUCAACAAGGUGGCAAAAGGUAAACUCAGUGAAGAAGUCGCUCGAAAAUAUUUUCAACAGCUGAUUGGUGCCAUUGAUUUUUGUCAUAGCCGAGGAGUUUACCACCGGGAUCUUAAACCUGAGAAUCUCCUCGUUGAUGAGGACGGUAAUCUAAAGGUUUCAGAUUUUGGGUUAAGUGCGUUAUCGGAAUCACGGAAACAAGAUGGUCUUCUCCACACCACAUGUGGAACUCCUGCUUAUGUUGCACCUGAAGUCAUUUGCAGGAAAGGUUACGACGGAGCAAAAGCUGAUUUAUGGUCUUGUGGGGUUGUUCUCUACGUUCUUAUCGCUGGUUAUCUCCCUUUUCAUCACUCUAAUAUAAUGGAGAUGUACAGGAAGAUCCGGAGAGCUGAAUUUAAGUUCCCAUCAUGGUUCUCAGUUGACGUCCGAAAGGUUUUGCUGAGAAUUCUUGAUCCAAAGCCGAAUCAUCGAAUCACAGUUGAAAAGCUCAUGGUGCACCCUUGGUUUACACAGGGACUCAAACUAGUUGAGUAUAUCGAACCGCAAGAAGAAGAAACCGAGGUGGAGUUGGGAGACGUCCAAGCUGCAUUUGCAACAACUACAGAAGAUGUUCAUCCCGAGAUAAAUAAGGACAAUAUUCCUGAGAUGAAGACAGAAGAUAAUCCUGAGACAAGGAUGGUGGUGCAUUCUGUGAAACCUACUUCCUUAAAUGCAUUCGACAUUAUAUCUUUGUCUCAAGGAUUCAAUCUAUCAGGUAUGUUUCAGAAAGAAAAUGAGCAAAAAUCAGAAGUAAGGUUUACCAUAGCAAGAUCACCCAACACAAUUGUAGCAAAACUAGAAAAUGCUGCAAAGAUGGAGAGCUUUGAAGUGACAAAGAAAAACGGGUUAUUAUCAUUUCUAGGAAGCAAAGAAGGAAGAAAGGGUCACCUGUCCAUAGAUGCAGAGAUCUUCGAGGUUACACCUUCGUUUCAUAUGAUAGAGAUGAAAAAAAGGGCUGGAGAUACACUGGAAUAUCAGAAGUUCUAUAACGAUGAUCUGAGACCUUCCCUAAAAGACAUUAUAUGGACUUGGGAAGGUAAAGCACAACAAAAACAGUUAACACCAUGACGACAACCUACUUAGAUUGUAAUUUCUUUUUCAAAUAUUAUUUUUGUUGUAUACUUGAGAUUGCUUAGAGCUAUUCCCUUCGAUUUUAAUGAACGGGUAUCUCUGUAGGUUUUCUACAUUUUUACCCGCCCCCUCUGUAAUUCAUAUAUUCAGAUCCCAAAGAGGAUCCCAAAUAUCUUUAUAAAAAAUUUAUAGUCAAUGUUUUGGUAUUAAUACAGUGACUGGUAGAGCAAUUAGCGGUUAUACCUAAUCCGAUUGACAGUACAGGUCUACUUUUUAUCAGCAAGACCUUACAUAAAAAUAGCACUAAUCACUUUGCAACAGAUAAAUGGAAAGAGUGAAAUCUGAGCAUCAUACGUAACAUAAGAUACAGAUACAAAUUUAACACCAAUCUAAUUUCAUGUCAUUGACAACCGACAGGGAUGGGAAAACAGGGCAGAAACAGAACAAAUCAACAGAAUCUCCCUUCCUGUCAAGCUCAAUACUUCAGCACAGAUACAAGGCCUGCAGCCAGUAUUCAGCCGGCCACAUCAUUUUGACCAUACAGUAUCAUAAACUAGGCCGAAUAAGGUCAUCUUUACCUUCUGAAGGCAUUUAAAUUUCCCUGAGAUUUUGUUUUACUUUACUAAGUGUCGAUGCGCAGAAAGAAGCUAGACUCAGGAAAUUUAGAUCUAGCACGUCUGCCAAACAAAA